CUUAACGGGGUGAAGACCUGGAUCGCCAACUCGCCCAUCGCCGACUUCUUUCUCGUCUGGGCGAGGACAGAGCCGGGUACGCAGCUGCGCUGCUUCCUCCUCGAGCGCUCCAGGUGCAGCCGACUGAGUACACCGGAGAUCAGAGGCAAGUUUUCUAUGCGAACUCUCCCUGUCGGCAUGAUUGUCCUCGAUAAUGUCAUGGUCCCGGAGGCGAAUCUGCUGCCCGUGGACAACGGUUUCAAAGGGCUUUUCAGCCUGCUGAACCUCGCCCGCAUCGGCAUCUCCUGGGGCGUGCUCGGCGCGGCCGCCUUCUGCUUUGAGCUGACGCGCAACUACACCCUCGAGCGGCGGCAGUUUGACCGGCCACUGGCCAGCAAUCAGCUGAUUCAGUACAAGCUGGCGCAGGCGAUGACCGAGCUGAACCUGGCGUUGUUGGGCUGCCUGCACGUCAGUCGGUGCUGGGACGAGGGCACCGGCACCCCUGAGAUGGUCUCCCUCAUCAAGCGCAACUCCACGGAGAAGGCGCUGGAGGCGGUGCGCCGGUGUCGUGAGAUGCUCGGCUCGAACGGUCUGGUGGACGCCUACCACGUGGUGAGGCACAUGAACAACCUGGAGGGCUGUGCCACCUACGAGGGCACCGGGGAUGUGCACGCGCUGGUCCUCGGAAGAGCCAUCACCGGACUGCAGGCGUUCCAGUGA